UUAAGACAAUUUUUUUUUAUAAAAAAACAGAAAAUUUCUAUUAAUUUUACUUAAAUAUAUAAAUAUUUUUGGAAAAUAUGAAAGAAAAGGUAGAAAUUGAUAAAGUGUACAACCGCAAAAAGAAUGGUGUGGUACCCACAUUGAUGAAAUUCCAAAAUGGUAAAUUAACUGCAUUUACCAAGGAUAAUACACAUUUCUGCCGCUUAAGAAGUCGCCAGGACAAAAAUCAAUUGGGUGCCUUGUUGGUGGCCAAUGGACACAUUUACCAGGGUCUGGUAAAUGAUACGGAGGCUAGUGAUUUGACGGAUACGUAUAUUUGUGUUCGUAAUAAAGUGACAAAUAAGAUGACUGUCAUCCCUAUAGACCAGGUGACCCUGAAAAACAGCAUAUACCAGGAUAUCGAUCAAAUCAAACGUGAAGCUAUCUCAGAUCAUAUUAGCAAAAUGACGUUGCUUAAGAAAUUUGGUGGUCGUAAGGCAUCACGUUUCAUUAAUGAUCAGGAAAAAAUGCGCAUGGAUAUAAAAAUAGUAGAAGCAGAAUUGAAAGCCACUGUCGAUGAGGCUGGCAUAGAAGAAAACGAGGUAGAGGAUAAAGUAGAUAAUACAGUAUAUUUUGAUAAGAUACGACCAGCCAUGAAUACAGAAGCAAAGCAAGUGAGUGAAGUUUAUGACAUAGGAGAAGUGGUACCCAUGGAACUAUUGAAUCGUUUGGAUGAAGAAGCAAAAACUGUUUACCAAACACAAAUUGAUCAAAUACCCAUCCAAUCUGAAUUCUUAAAGAAGCUUAUAGAAACCAUACAGCAGUCGCCGGCUGAUAAUGAAAGCUUAUUGCGUUUAAAACUGAUUAUUUACAUGGACUCUUUGUUGAAACUAAUUAAGUCUCGUGCCAGAUCUUUGAAAAAGGCCGAACUAUCGGAAAUUUCUGAAAAGGUGGAGAAUAAUGUGCGUGAUCGUUUCUCCGAUCCAAAUGCUAGUUUUAGUGGUUCCCGCACAGCUUUCUCUACCGAAAAAGCUUUAUGUCACUUUAUAGUUUUAGCUUUACUGGUCAAUGAUAAAUAUCAAAUUGAUGGUGCCGUUUUGUCACAAGAAUUAAAUGCUCCCCGUUCAAAAGUUUUUAAAUAUGCUCAUAUUGUUCAAGCUUUACCGAAAUCCAGAACUUCUAUUUUAUGUUUGAAAUUACCUAGAGAUGUACCGCCAUUACCCACAAGUUUCGGAAAAAGAAAAAAGGACUAAUUAAUUUAUUUCUAAUUAAUGUGAAA